AUGAUCGGAGGAAUCUUCCCAAUUUUGAUCAAAGAAAUACUCAGCACUUCUACAUUUGAUAAGGAGCUGCCUAAAGUGCAGUGUGAAGGGUUUGACCUGAGAGUUUUUCGAUGGACACAGGCAAUGAUAUUUGCCAUUGAAGAAAUCAACAACGAUCCUGCUCUGCUUCCAAACAUAUCUCUUGGCUAUAGGAUCCUUAACUCUUGUGCAUCUCCAACAAAUGCUUUACGUGCUGCACUAACGCUGGCUAGUGGAGUAGAGGAGGUAGAUGUAUCUUCUCAUUGCCCUCCAGCUAUAUCUGCUCUCAUAGCAGAAUCUGGGUCAUCUCAGUCAAUAGCUGUGGCUGGAAUUCUUGGACCAUUUCAUAUGCCAAUAAUCAGCUACUUCUCAACGUGUGCUUGUCUGAGUGACAGAACUAAAUAUCCUACAUUUUUUAGAACAAUCCCCAGCGACUAUUUCCAGGCAAAAGCUUUGGCCGCACUGGUCAAACAUUUUGGAUGGCAGUGGAUUGGAGCCAUACAGUCAGACAAUGAUUAUGGACGUAAUGGAAUUCUUGCUUUUAAAGAGGAGGUUGAAAAAUUUGGGAUUUGCAUUGCUUUUGUGGGUACAAUUCUACGUACAUACACUAAAGACAGAUUUUUGAAAGUUGUGGAAAUAAUAAAACAGUCAACUGUCAAAGUAAUUUUGGCUUUUGUACCUGAAGGUGACUUUUAUCCUUUGAUGAAAGAAAUUGUGAACCAGAACAUUACAGGAAUUCAGUGGAUCGCAAGUGAGGCCUGGAUAACAGCAUCUCGACCAUCCACACCUGAAAUAUACACAGCUUUUGGUGGCGCCCUCGGAUUUGUUGUGCAGAAGAUGGCUAUUCCAAAUUUCAAACACUUUCUUACAAGUAUUAGUCCUUAUACAGAUCCACAUGCACCUUUCGUGAAGGAUUUCUGGGAGAUUAUCGUCAGUAAAAGCUUACAAAGGGUGAAUUUCACAAAUCAGUUUGGGGAUGAGGUGUUUUUUGAUGAGAAUGGCGAUCCUCCUGCUUCUUAUGAUAUCAUUAACUGGCAGUUGAUAAAUGGAAAAGUCCCCACAUCACUGUGUUCUAAUAUUUGCCCAUCUGGUACCAGAAAAGCUCAGAUUAAUGGAAAACCAAUUUGUUGUUUUCACUGUGUAUCCUGUGCUGAUGGAACUAUAGCCAACUCAACAGCAGACUGCACACCUUGUCCAAAGGAAUACUGGUCCAAUGAGAGAAAAGAUGAUUGCAUUCCUAGAACUAUUGAGUUCCUGAAAUAUCAUGAGCCCAUGGGAAUAGCUCUAACACUUGUAUCCCUGUUAGGGGCCUCUCUCUCCUUGGCGACAAUGGUGGUUUUUAUCAACUACAGAGAAACUCCUGUGAUAAAAGCCAGCAACUUUGAGCUGAGCUCUUUCUUAUUGUUUUCUCUUUUUCUGUGUUUUCUCUGUCCUCUCACUUUCAUUGGUAUGCCAACAGUCUGGACAUGCAUGCUGCGCCACACCACUUUUGGUGUGACAUUUGCCCUUUGCAUUUCCUGUGUCUUGGGAAAAACCAUUGUUGUUGUCACAGCCUUCAAAGCCACAUUUCCUGGCAAUAAAAUUACUGGACAGUUUGGUCACGCACAACAAAGAAUCAUUGUUUGCUCCUGCACUUUGAUUCAACUAAUAACAUGUGUGUUGUGGCUGACUUUAAGCCCACCUUACCCACAUACGUUGUUCACAUACAGCAAUAGGAUGAUUGUUCUGGAAUGUAACACAGGCUCUGAGUUUGCUUUUUAUGCAGUGUUGGGAUACAUAGGGAUCCUUGCAAUCAUUUGUUUGAUCCUGGCAUUUAUGGCAAGAAAACUUCCUGAUAAUUUCAAUGAAGCCAAAUUGAUCACAUUCAGCCUGCUGAUAUUCUGUGCUGUGUGGAUUACCUUCAUCCCAGCAUACAUCAGCUCUCCUGGAAAGUUCACUGUAGCUGUGGAAAUAUUUGCAAUUUUGUCUUCAGCAUUUGGCUUAUUAAUUUGUAUUUUUGCACCCAAGUGUUACAUAAUAUUUCUUAAGCCAGAAAAAAAUACCAAGAAAUGGGUUAUGGGAAAAAUUAUAAAGUAA